UACAGUACUGUAUUUCGUAGGCAGUUACGUGUACUACGCGUCCGUGGUUGUAAUAAAUACGCGUACUUGAGCAGUUUCAAAUAGUUAUUUUCUUCUCUCUUUGAACGAACGCAAAGGUAAGACUGUCUAUUCCCAGAGCUUCGGCGUUUUUGGGUCAAACCUUUCUAGACCGACAAGUCUACAAAAUACUAUUACUCCACAAAAAUCACAAUCAAAAAUCUUUCUUUUGAUCUUCAAAAAAACCGAAACUCUCAACCGCUUUUUUGCGUAUUUAAACACCCCCAUCACACUCUUCAACCCCUCCCUCUCCCUCUCUCUCUCUCUGCAGGUAGAUAGGAUUCGGAUCAGGACUCAGUUCCAAAUGGAGUAUGGAGACAGCUACCAACACGUUCCAAAGCCUAAAUUUGACUGCCUUCUCUUUGAUGUUGAUGACACCCUUUACUCCCUGAACUCUGGAUUGUCUGGAGAAGUCACCAAGAACAUAAUUGAAUUUAUGGUUAAUAAGCUUGGCAUAAAGGAUAAUGCCCUUGAAUUGAAUGUGAAGCUAUACAAAGAUUAUGGAACAACUAUGGCCGGUCUAAAGGCAAUUGGCUAUGACUUUGACUAUGAUGAUUACCAUAGUUUUGUUCAUGGAAGAUUACCGUACGAGAUCUUAAAACCAGACCCAGUUUUAAAAAAUCUUCUCCAUAGCUUGCCCGUCCGCAAAGUGAUCUUCUCGAACUCAAAUGAAGAGCACGUUGCCAAUGUUCUGGGCAGGCUUGGAUUGGAGGACUGCUUUGAAGGAGUUAUAAGCUUUGAAAAUCUGAAUUCAAUCAAAAAGACUGAUUUGCUUGAUGAUGAAAAUGAUGCCAACUUCAAAGGGUCCAAACGAAGUACCAUUCCUGGUACUGGAACCGAUGUUAAUAGUUCUUCUGAGAUCAAUGCAAAAUCUCCGAAGACUCCAGUUGUUUGUAAACCAUUUGAGGAUGCCUUUGAACAGGCUUUUGCGAUAGCCCAGAUCGACCCUCAGAGAACAUUGUUCUUUGAUGACAGCAUCCGUAAUCUACAGACUGGGAAACGCAUGGGCCUCCACACGAUCUGGGUGGGCUCUUCUCACAAAACAGAAGGUGUGGAUUACGCACUGGAGAGCAUCCACAACAUCAGGGAAGCAUUGCCGGAGCUCUGGGAAUCCAUUGAAAAGGCAGAAGAAGUUUGCUAUCCAGAAAAAGUUGCGAUCGAGACACCAGUGAGAGCUUAGCUUUGUAAUGCCUUCCGCGGAUGAAGGAUAAUGUGGCCAUGGUUUUCCCCUGACUCUUUGUAUUUUGUUUCAGCGGACAUGAAUCCAUGUGAACUAGAGACUAAUAACAAACUGUUUUCUUGAUGUUAAUGAUACUUUCACGCUUGCUUC